UCUGCAGAGCAACAGCAAAAGCUACUUGAUCACAUCUUGAUUGCCCCUCUCCCCUCGGUGACCUCGUCGAUCCGCUUCGUUUACACGCACAAUCCACAUCCAAUCGCCAUGCCCCCCCGCAAGAAAGCCAAGCUCACACCCCCAGGCGGUACCAGCGAACCCUCCUCCGCAAGCGCCGCCCCGGGGGAAAGCCAGCCGACAGCGGAUUACGACCCGGUCACGGACCCUUGGACAGACGAGCAGGAGACGGCCUUAUUGAAGGGACUGAUCAAAUGGAAACCCGUCGGCAUGCACAAACACUUCCGCAUGAUCGCCAUCUCCGAGUUCAUGAAAAGCCAAGGAUACGCGCCCGCCAACGCAGAACAUACUCGAAUCAACGGGAUCUGGAAAAAGCUCGGAACGCUGUACAAUCUGCCCGCGCUGGAUGAACGUGAAGAUUCCCUGAUCACCGAUACCUCCGAUGAAGUGGACGGCACCCGAGAGCUCUACUGCCCGUUCGAGCUGCCCGAGGACGAAUACGGCGAGCUGAUGUUCGAGCGUAGGUUGGCGAUGGAGGGAUCCCCGUCGCCGGAUCCGAGCGGUCCUGCGGAGUCGAGACGAGGGAGCACGGUGGCUGAUACGGAUGAACCCCGCUCGUCUCCCGCGCCAUCCCGAGGCAGGAAACCCGGCCGCGUUGGACGACAAGCGGGCCGUGGGACGCGCUCGUCACGGUUCCAGGUGGAGGUCAAGCCCGCCGAGAAAGGGUCGGGGAAUGGCGAGGAGGAAGGCGAGUCUGCAGAGGAGUCGGAGGAGGGCGACGAUGACGCCUCUGAUGCUGGGAAGGAUGAUAGCGAUGUCGACGAUGAGGCCGAUGGCGGCUCGCCUACCACCCGGAACACACGCGCCCAGACCUCGCGUUCGAAAUUGAAGGAGAGGAAGGGCGCGGGCGCGGGCACGGGCACUAGACGCGGCGGCCGGAGACGCCAGGCUUGAGGAUAUCGCCCCGUCUGGGUUUGCGUUGCUUUUCUCUCUCUCUCUCUCUUUCUUUUAUCAUUGCAUGGAUUGAUACCUGGUGCUUAGGAGUUGGCGUUGAGGUAGGGGUUUAUGUGU